GUGUUCGUAAAUGGGUAAGAAAGAAGCCGUUGGCUGAAAAUGAAGAGCGGCACUGCCCUCUGUCACUUCGCUCCUAGGGGUUUUUCCUUGCCUUCUGCCACUCUCAUUAAUCCUACUAUUUUGAGAUACUUGCAUAAAAAACCUUCUUUUUUCAUAUUUAGUAUCAGAAAUUUAUCUCAUUCUGGUGUUCUUAGAAGCCCCGACCUUGUAGAAUUGGAGUAUGGGGACCUCAACCUCAAGAGCAUGGUUGGAGAGGUUGGUCAUGUUCGUAUUAGGCAGCAUGUGAACCCCCUUAGCUCAUUUUUCAGGAAAUCUGUGAAAAUACCCAGUUGGAAUGAGUUUUUCGAAGACCCAACAUUACCCCUCAUGGUGGACAUUGGUAGUGGUAGUGGCAGGUUUCUAAUUUGGCUCGCGAAAAGAUUCCCAAAUGCUAAAAAUCAUCUGGGGUUGGAAAUUAGAAAUAAGUUGGUUCAGCGAGCGCAGUUCUGGGUGAAAGAGUUGGCACUGAAAAACAUAUAUUUCAUGUUUGCAAAUGCCGCAGUUUCUUUUGAUCAGCUUGUGGCAGCUUAUCCAGGACCUCUGAUGUGUGUGUCUAUAUUAUGUCCAGAUCCUCACUUCAAGAAAAGGCAUCACAAAAGAAGAAUAGUACAGAAGGAGUUGGUUGAUUCCAUUUCGAAGCAUUUGAGCCCUGGUGGACAUGUGUUUUUGCAGUCUGAUGUGCUUGAAGUGGCCCUCGACAUGAGGCAACAAUUCGAUGCCCUCUCUGAUACCUUUGAUCAUAUGGAUGCCAUCGCUUCGGAUUCAAAUUGUGAUGAGCAAGGAUGGCUACUGGACAACCCCAUGGGUAUAAGAACAGAGAGAGAGAUCCAUGCUCUAUUUGAGAAAGGAAAAGUAUACAGAAGGAUGUAUCAGAAACGUGCCUGAUAAUUAUUUAUGUAUUUGUUAUAAUUACUUAUUUUGGAUGGUUAAGAUGGGUUUCUGACGGAGACAUAAGAAUUGUGGUGUUCUUGUGCUUGGAAAGGCGAGCAGAGCAGCCAAAUCUUAUGUAUUGAGAUAUCAAGGUUGAAGCUAAGGGUCUGUUUGGUAGCUCUGUUCCUAAUAACCGCCAUGGACUUCCGCCUUUUAUGGUCAUCUCUGAAAAUUGUUGUCGCUGAUCAUGCGAUAUAAACAUCUCUGAUAAAUUGAUAAUGUCCUUUUUUUU